AUGCAAAGCGAACACUUAUUACCACCAACAGAUGCAAGUAACAAUAACACAAUAUCAGUGAUAUCUGCUGUUAUUAAUGAUAAUACAUUAAAUUCCAAUAAUAAUGAUAAUCAUAUAAACAUUUGUCAACAUGAUAAAUAUCCGUCACAAUCAUCUUUAUCUAUGACAAAUGAUUUUUUAUACAUAAAAGAACAUCAAUUAGUUAAUCCAACUAUAAAAUCUCGAUCUGAUUCAGAAGAUAUCAUACUUGAAAAUAAAAAAGUUAUUAAACGUGAAUUACGACGUAAGAAAAAACGCGAAACAACACGAGUAUGGAAAGAAAAACAAGAUAUUAUUAGACAAGAUUUAGAAAAACAAGUUCAGGAAUUAGAAUUUAAACAAAAUAAUUUAUUAUCACAAGUUGAAAAUCUUCAAUUAUAUAAAGAACAACUUGAAAUAAAAUGUAAACAACUCUAUUCAGAUUAUAAACUAUUUGGACGAUUAAUGUAA